ACUAAUUAAUAUGAACUCCUUAAUGUAGAGAACCAUGCCACGAUCUGGAGAGCUAAGUAAUGCCAUCUACUCUCGAUUUGCCCAUUGUAGAGGUGGUGUUUUUGCGGAUGUGCUGGCAGUCGAAGAAGAUUAGGAAAACAUGGUGGUGGGUACUACAUGACCAUAUCUAAUAAUAGUGGCUGGCAACUUUUCCUUGAGCAUUGAUCUUCUGGGUUCAAGUUUUGCCUCCAUCAAUCUUCUUCUUGGGAUCAAGAAUGGACAACACCACCACCGUGGACAUGUCUCUGAUCAAUAACGGCAAGAACAGCACAGCUGCGGCUCCACCCGCGACCAAAAUCUUUCACCACGACUCAAGAUUUCGGCAAUUCCUCGUCUCCAAGCCCCUCGAGGCCCUGCGAUCCAAACCCCGGCUCCACUGGCUGCUCCUCUCGCUCAGCAUCCUUUCGAUGAUGAUCGGGACGGUCGUCGGGCAGCUGCUCACGCGAUUCUACUUCGCGGCCGGGGGAUCGCGCAAGUGGCUCUCGACGUGGCUCCAAACGUCGGGAUGGCCGCUGCUGGCAGUGGCGACUGGAUCGAUCUACUGGAAGCGCGGCAUCAAACUCACGCCGCUCACACCGGCGCUCGCUGCAACCUACACUGCACUAGGAUUUCUUGUGGCUCUAUAUAGUUUCAUGUAUGCCUAUGGCCUGUCCUACCUCCCGGCCUCCACCAGCGGCCUCCUCUCCUCCAGCCAGCUCGCAUUCAACGCGAUCUUCGCGCUGAUCAUCACGCGCCAGAAGAUCAAUCCCUUUGGAUGGAACGCGAUCGUGCUGGUGACCAGCGCCGCCGUGAUCUUGGCGCUUCACUCCGAUGACGAGAAGCUCCCCGGCGUGACGAGGAAGGAGGUCGUCCUGGGCUACGUGAUGACAAUCGUCGCCGCGGCGCUGUCUGGAUUUUUCUUUCCCAUCACCGAGCUUGUAAUCCGGAAAUUUCUCACCGGAUCUUCCAGAUCAAGCGACGCCGCCACCGUCUUGUUGGAGAUGCAAACCCUGCUCUCGCUCAUCUCCACCGCGGUGUCCAGCGUCGCCAUGGCGAUCAACCACGAUUUCCUGGCGAUUCCGGGCGAGUCGCGGCGCUUCAAGGCCGGCGCUGCCCGCUACUACAUCACGCUCGUCUCCACCGCCGUGUCGUGGCAAUUCGCAUUCUUGGGAACGCUGGGGAUGAUCUUCCUCUCCUCGUCGCUGCUCGCGGGCGUGAUUAUGGCUCUCGAGAUUCCUAUCGGCUCCAUUUUCGCGGUCAUCUUCUUUGGCGAUAGCUUUGGCGGCCUCAAGAUCAUGUCUAUGUUCCUCUCGCUCUGGGGGUUUGUGUCCUACACGUAUGGCGGAUAUAUGGACAUGAAGAACAAGUAAGAGCCCUAAAAGAGAGCAUAUUCUACUUUUAAAUUUGAAUAUACUUUCAAACAAAAAUACACAAGCACAUAAAAAUUAGCGUAGUGGAAGACACGAUCAUGCGUGGUUGCGAUGCUUUGAUAAAUGCAAGAGUCGGGCCUUCAUAGAU